AUGGCUCAGACAACACAGGACAUCAGGAUCGGCUGGAUCGGACUGGGCGAGAUGGGAUACGGCAUGGCCAAGAGUCUCCACUCAUACCUCGCCUCCCACGGAUCCCACCUCACCGUCUGGAACCGUUCCCCCGGAAAAACCGACGCCAUCAAGGAACAAGGAGCCCAUGUCGCCACCUCCAUCGAAAACCUCGCUUCGACCUCCAACGUCAUCUUCACCUCCCUCGCCAACGAUGCCGCCGUCGAGAACGUCUACGAACAACUCGUCCAGUUGACCAGCAAGGUCCAAGAACAGAUCAUCUUUGUCGAUACCUCGACCAUACACCCAACCACAGCGACCAAAGUCAGCCAGCUCGUCGCCGCGUACCCUCAACACCGCUACCUCCAGUGCCCCGUCUUUGGUCGCCCGGACCGUGCUCAUGCCGCUCAACUUGUCUGGGUCGCCUCUGGAGAUUCCGCGACGAUCGAGAAGCUCCAGCCCUACUUUGGAUCCAUGUCGAAGAACACCAUCGACCUCAAGACCACCGACGUGAGCAAGGCCAGUUCGUUCAAACUGAUGGGCAACUUUUUCGUCGUUGGGACGAUUGAGUUACUCGCAGAAGGAUUCGCGUUGGCAGAGAAGGUCGACAUUGACAAGAAUGCGAUGCUGCAAUUUAUCGAGUCUUUCUUCCCUACACCUUCCUGGAUCGGUUACAGUCAAAAGAUUGCCGCAGGAUCGACAGAGAAGGCUGGCGGAUUCCCAGUUACUCUUGGGUUGAAGGAUGUGGGUCACAUGAGGACAUUGGCUGCUGAUCAUGGAGCGACCUUGCCGACUGCUGAUAUUGCGUACAGGAACUUGGAGAAGCUGAAGGCUCAGGGCAAGGGUGACCAGGAUUGGUCGUCUAUCAUUGAGGUCUUGAGGGAGGGACCUGAGGGACAGAAUUCAUGUCGUCUACUCGCUCGAGGAAUUCUUCGUCUCUACCCUGACGGGUCCUGCGCCAAGGCCAUCAUCAAUUUCACCUCCCUCAUUAACGACGCUGCCAUCGAGACCUCCCUCCGCUGUGCCGCGACUGCUCAGGAGCAGAUCGUCUUUGUUGAGGCCGGAACCCUCCGCCCCGAGCUCAGCCUCCGCCUCCAGAAAGAACUCGCCGACUUGUCCCACGCCAUGUCUACUUGCAGUGUCCCGUCUUUAGUCGACCAGACUCCGCUCGAGCAGCUCAAUUGCUCUGGGUCGUCAGUGGUGGCACGAACGCGGUUGACAGACUCCCAUAUUUCGAAACCAUCUGCGAGCUACACUAUCAUAUCGAGCACGUCGAUCCUGUCUGAGACUGUCAAUAUUGCACGCAAGUCGGGUAUCGAUCCACAGCACCUAAUUUCGUGGGUUGAUGCUUUCUUGCCGGUCCCGGUGUUGAUGGGGUACUGUGGGAGGACAGACGAUGAAGCGAGAGAGAACAUGACGGUUGGCAUGGCGACGAAGGAUGUUGGAUGUGUUCGUCAUUGGACCAAGACCAAACGUGCGCCUACACCUGUUACGGAUGCCUUUUGCGAGAACUUUGCAAUCGCCAAGGAGAAGGAGAAUGAGCACAGCGGUUAG